UACAUCCUAAAAGUGGUUUGGCUCGCAGAGUAGCAACUGACAACAUCGCAGGGGGCAACUUCACUUUACUUUACCGACCAACACAAGUUGUGGGACACCGACCAGCAACGCGUGCUGUUGUAACUUCACCCCGUCGUCUUUUAUUCCUCAAAAGCAAUGCAAAAUAACUUUUCCUAUUAGUUUUGAGGCAACAUAGAAAAGUAGCGGCUUGAAGUAGUAGGCUUCUGUUUUUUUGGGAAUGCUUCCUCAGCCUGCCUGUAAAGAGCAGAAAGCAACAGUCCUAUCUGUCAAUUCCCAUCUGAAGACAUGUUGUACUGGACUCUGCCUGACUGGAAAGUGCUGCUUCUGACUGUGCUGCUCUGGGACUGCCUUUGUGCUUUGGGACUGAAGCCAACGAGAUGGCCACUAUAUUCUAAAAAGCCUUUGCUCCUCGCUUGGAAUGCCCCGACUGAGGACUGUGGCCCGAGGCAUGGUAUACGCUUUCAGUUGGAUAAAUUCCAAAUCGUGGCCUCACCCAAUGAGGGCUUUGUUCGGCAGAACCUCACCAUCUUCUAUAAAGAUCGCUUGGGCUCGUACCCAUACUUCAAGCCAGAUGAAACAGUGGUGAAUGGGGGGCUGCCGCAGGUGGCCAGUCUCACUCAGCACCUGGAGAAGAUGCCUGAGGGAGUGCAGAAGUAUAUACGGGAACCAGGGGCCAAGGGCCUGGCAGUUAUUGAUUGGGAGGCCUGGCGCCCACUCUGGGUACGUAACUGGGAAACAAAAGAUGUUUACCGCAGACAUUCUCGUGAGUUGGUGCGUCAGAAGAACCCAACAUGGCCUCCAGAACAGGUGAGCAAAGUGGCCCAGCAGGAAUUUGAGAUGUCUGCCAGGAAGUUCAUGCUGGAAACCCUGAGGCACGCCAAGAGCCUGAGGCCCAACCAGCUGUGGGGGUUCUACCUGUUCCCUGACUGCUACAAUCACGACUACAGGCGCACUCUGGAGAACUACACGGGCCGCUGUCCUGACGUGGAGGUGGCCCGCAACGAGCAGCUGAAGUGGUUGUGGACUGAAAGCACCGCCCUCUUCCCCUCCAUCUACAUGGCCCCUGUGCUGCGUUCCUCGGACUCCGGACGGAAGUUUGUCCGGAACCGUAUAAAGGAGGGGAUGCGUUUGGCAUCAUCAGGCGAUGGGUUGGCACGUCCUGUCUUUGUGUACACCCAGCCCACAUACAGCAACUCCCUGGAGCAGCUAACAGAGACUGACCUCGUCUCCACCAUUGGGGAGAGCGUGGCUUUGGGAGCAGCUGGAAUCAUCAUGUGGGGAGAUGCAGCGUAUGCAAGCAGCAAAAAUAGCUGCUCUGACCUGGACGCCUAUCUCCGGGGUCCGCUGGGUCAAUACCUCCUCAACGUCUCCACGGCAGCAGAGUUAUGCAGCCAGACCUUGUGUGGUUCUCACGGCCGCUGCCUGCGCAAAAAUCCAGACAGCGAUGUUUACUUGCAUCUGGACCCCGUCAGCAACGCUAGCGCCACAAAGAGCGGCAGUCUGAAGGGCAGCUUGGAAAAGACCACUUUACAAACCCAGUUUCAGUGCCAGUGCUUCAGCGGCUAUCAGGGGGAGGGCUGCGAUCAGAUAGACCCUCUACACCAAAGAGGGACGGCGUCUCAAAUGAUGGCGUCAGCUCUGCAAUGUGCCAUCUUACUGAUUAUCUCUCAGCUCCUCUGUUAAUACACCAAACAUACUGUAGACAUGGUUGCAUUUUCUUUUGUCUAAAUACUGUAGCGUAUGAGAUGAGAAGGUGGGAAUCUAGAGAGGAGAAAUUGUAAUUUUUUAAAAUCUUUUUUCAGUUGCUGUAAAAUAUGGAUGACAAAGUUUUGUGAAAAACACUGUGGAAAGAAUUUUAAAUCAGUUUUUAAACAAUGGAGACCUUGCAUGAAAUGUACUUACAUUUCGCUCUCAGUUUCCUCUCGGUUACUGUUUCAAAGUGUCAAAUUUCAUGUUUUAGGUGGAAAUGUGAUGAAUUAGUUGAUGUAUGUCAGAAGUAAUGUGGUGAAAGUGGAAUUUAUGCACUUAAAUCUGGUAAUAGCGCAAUAUGUAUUCAAAGUGCCUUAUCUUUUUUAAACAUGAUUUUUCUCUGACAUCUGAUCUUUUUUAUGGUGGCAACUACAGUGUUAUUAUUUAUUUGAAUGUAUGUUUAGGUGUUCUAUAUGAGUUUUUCUUUAUAUGAAGUAUAGUGUCCAAAACAUGACUACUAGUUUUAUCCUAAAACAGUAUUUUUGUAUUUUAGCAGCUAGAAGCACAAUGUAAAAAGAAAAUGUCCGACAAUUUAUAUGUUCCACAAUUUCACGUACAUGACCGCUUCUUUCUUUGUGAUGUUUUCUAAAAAUGUGACUUGUCUAAGAAAAUAAAUGUAUUUGUUACGGCC